CCCCUCUAUACAUCUAUCCAGCAAUCUUGGGCCUUGCGAAUAUUUCUAUCAUUGGAUUCCCUUCGUCUGUCUGUCCAUCUGUCUAUGCUCGCUUGAUUCGGAAUGAAGUUCUCAAUUGCUUCUCCGGCAUUCUUCCUCUUCUCACUUAUUAUUGCCGCCAACGCCGUCUCCGUCCCCGUGCUGCCGCGGGAAGGGAAGAGUAAGGGGAGAGGGAAGGGAGGUCAUAGAUAUGGCGGUGAGUAUGGUAGUGAUGGUGUUGGAGGGGCGAGGCCGGCUCCCGACUCGGAGGAUUGGACAAAUGCCACAGCGGCUCUGAUAGAACUCCACAAGAACCUCUGCGAGAUCCCGUCCAUCGCGCCAAACGAACUCGCGGUUGGGGACUGGUUGGCGACGUACCUGAGGUCCAAAUCCUUCACUGUGGAGAAGCAGGAGGUCGCGAGGAAUCGUAACAACAUCUUUGCCUAUCUGGGAAACAAAAAUCGGACAAAGACUCUCGUGACCAGCCAUAUCGAUGUGGUCCCACCAUACAUCAACUACACAUACCAUCCCAACGGGACCAUAACAGGGCGAGGAACAAACGACGCGAAGGGAUGCGUCGCCGCGCAGAUCAAGGCCGUUGAGGGGCUCCUCACAAAAGGCCUGAUAGGGGAAGGCGAUGUGGCAAUGCUCUUCGUAGUAGCCGAAGAAACAGACGGUGCGGGGAUGAUAAAAGCGAACGAUCUCGGCUUGACCUGGGAUUCCGUCAUUUUCGGCGAGCCGACGGAGCUCAGACUCUCACUCGGGCACAAGGGUGUGCUCAGGUUCAGCAUUGAGGCCUUCGGGAAGGCCGCGCACUCCGGCUAUCCACAGUUCGGCAUCAACGCUAACGAGGAUCUUGUGGAAGCGCUGCAUAUCCUGUCGAAGAUGAAACUCCCUGGAUCCGACCUACUGGGAAAUUCCACAUUGAAUUACGGCAUUAUGGGCGGUGGUACGGCCCCCAAUAUCAUCUCCCCCUAUGCGAAUGCGAGUGUCGCAAUUCGAUUAGCGGCCGAUCCCCUGUUGGUCCGGGCUUUGGUGAAUGAGACAGUUAAGGAUUUGCCUGUUACUUUGACAUGGUUUGAGAGGUUUUAUGGACCGCAGUAUUUGGAUUAUGAUGUUGAGGGUACUGUAUAUAUCAAUAUCAUCAGCAUUGUCGUUUUUGAUUGCUUUGUUUUGCUUAUUUGUGGGGCGGUUAACUUACUGAUGGCAACACUUUUUCAGGGUUUGAAACCAGGGCUCAGGCUUAUGGAACGGAUAUCCCGAAUUUGAAGGGGAGUCAUAAGAGAUACCUUUAUGGUCCCGGAUCGUGAGUACCAUUUGUGUACGGCAUGCUCUGAAGGUGGAGGCUGAUGGUUAGCAGAAUUCUCACAGCGCACGGUAACGCAGAAUUUGUUACGGUCACGGACCUUGUGAAGUCGGUGGAGGGGUACAAGGCCUUGAUUAUGCAUACUCUCCCAUAAUCUAUUGAGUAGAUAAUAUUCAUGUAAUAAGGCAGAGGUGGUCGUUCUAGGCUGUAAUAAGGAUUUCUAUAAAUAAAUAAAAAGGGUGCCGAGAAGCUCUCGUCAAGCUUCUCUUAGGAGGUUCUGACUUCAUU